CGAGGGAGAAUCUUUUUUUUCUUGUUCAGGUAUUCCUUGCCUGGCGUCGCGGGAGGCGCCGAUGGCUCGUGAUGGCUCGCUGGCUCGCUCGCAAAUGCCUACCCUUAUGGCCACCCAUCUAUACCAUGUGUGACGUAUCCGUCGUGGCCAAGGGUCUGUCUGUCAGCGUGCUGCUUUGUGCGGCACACAAGAAACUGGCAGCGCAGAAGCAGCGCACGUGUUUGCUCUCGAGUACCCUGAGGGCUCCCUCGACCUUCCAAACAUCUGCUGAGAGCAUUCCCGACACCGACACCGGCUCUUGACAUCUACAAAGCCCAUCUGGGAGAGCUGCGCGUGCCACCCCG